CGUGUCAGUGCAGUCGACUUACAGCGGGCUGUGAGGAGAACUGGCGCCACCCUUUUGUCUCGAAAUACAACUCUUUUCACACGCUAAAACUUAUUAAAAUUGAUUUAAAGUCGCGCUCGGGUACUUCUACUUGCUAGGUUCUCGAGGAGGUCGGGUUAAACUUGUUAUUUUCGCUGUGUUUGAAGUUAAAGGCUGGGCCUUUACUCGCGCUCCUGACGAGAGAAACAGAGAAGCCGCUCUUUCUGCGAUUAAAAGUCCAUAAAUGCUUUUUACCAGAAUGGACCUGUUGAACUACCAGUACUUGGACAAGAUGAACAACAACAUCGGCAUCUUGUGCUACGAAGGUGAGGCUGCUCUGAGAGGCGAGUCCAGAAUGCCGGCCAUGUCUCUGUCCUCUGCAGUCAGCAAUCACAGGACGGGCCCUCCUCCCAUCAGCCCCAGCAAGAGGAAGCACAGCGGGGACCAAGCAGACGACGACAUCGACUGCAACAGCGAGCACGCGAGCAUGGCCAAGAUGAGCCGGCUGUUUGCCACACAGUUAGGCAAGCCUGCCAAUGGGGACUACCGCAAGGACCCCCGGGAUCGCAGCCGCAGCCCCAUAGAGCGCAUCGGCGCCUCCCCGAUGAGUCUGGUUGGUGGUCACCUGUACGCCCACAUGCCCAGCCUGGCCAUGGACCAGCCUCUCGCACUGACCAAAAACAUGGACGCCACCCGCACUGUCGCCGUCUCGCCCACCGUCAGCCCCGUCGAGCGCCAGCAGAAUCGUCCCUCUGUGAUCACAUGUGCCCCAGCGAACAACCGUAACUGUAACCUCACCCACUGCACCGUGUCUCACAGCGGCUGCUCACCCAGCCUGACUUCAAGCUACCGCAGAGCCUCCAACUCGAACACGGCCUGUGACCCCGUCAUCGAGGAGCAUUUCCGCCGCAGCCUGGGCAAGAACUACAAGGAGCCCGAGCCGGUCACAAACUCGGUGUCCAUCACCGGAUCGGUGGAUGACCACUUCGCCAAGGCGCUGGGCGAGACGUGGCUGCAGAUCAAGGCCAAGAGCCCAGACUCCUCCACCAACGGCCACAUGGUCAACCACAAUCACUCCCCUUCCCUCGUGUCUUGAAAAGAGGACCAGAGAACCCCGCUUCACUCUCAAAGCAUGCAUGUUUUAGCAGAGCUGACGUAUAGCUAUGUACAUAAAAGAACGCAAGACGAGGAGGUGCUCCUUUAACUCUCAGUUGUGCUUUUGAAUCUUUUUCUUUUGUUUGUAAGUAUGCUAGUAUACUUUUAGCUUGGCUGUUGCGUUAUGGGAUGCCCAUACCCUUUUUUUUUUAUUUUUAUAUAUAUAUAUUUUUUUUGAGAUAAAGAUCACUACCGAACCAUCUGCCUCAGAUACCAAAGAAACCGCUGAUGCAAACCUUUCACCCAGAAGUCUUUCUCGCUCUCUCUCUCCCGGUUGUGUCCUGAAUCUGUACGUGUACACUUGUAACGGAAGGCCUGGACUGAUUUGCACUAUGGAUGGACGGAUGUGAGUGUGGCGUCGAUGGGAUGUUCAGAAGACGUUCGGCAGGUGGUGCGCUUCACGUGGCUUCCGCAGGUCGGGGAGGGGGCCUGUUUUCUUUGGCUUGGGCUCUCGCUUCUCUACGGCGCUGACACAACUGGACUGCGGCAGACGUGGGCAUUCUUCUCGCUUCGGAUGGGUCUUUCCCAGGCACUGUGGUUUUAGUAGAGUAGACUAAAGGUUUAAGGGUAAACUAGUGCUUAUAUAAGUGCAUGUUUUUAAAAUAGCUGGUAUCUAUUAUUGUGUAGACAUUUCAAUCGUAAUACUUUUAGCCUUCUCUUCAGAUUUGAUUUUAUUUUUGUCAGUAACAGUCCUAGAUAAACUUACUGCUGGUACAGUUGUACUCCAUAUUAUUAUUUUCUAUUCAAUAUUCAUUGUGGUAGCUGCCAGAUACAGAGAUCAGCCUCCGGACAGGCCAUCUAUAUAUUAACGGUUGGUUUUGCUUGUUAUUAAUCCGUGGUACAGGAUGCUGUCGCUUUGCCUGACUGAAAAAAAGAGCGUUUGCAGCUAUGGACAGGUCAGCUGCAGCGUUGACGAUCUGCUGGAAACGUCGAGCUAGAUUCGUGUGCGCGUUUCUUCUCUUAAUUCUGUCGAGACGGUCCGCCUGUACCGCAUCACAAACAUUCCUCUGAUAGGGAACGGCGUGCAGGUCUUGUGUUCAGUGUAGCUACUCACAAGAGACGCUCGUCCUUACAUUCCAUCGGCCCUGGAUUCAAACACGACGCGCUUCAAAAGGACUCUGCUUUCAGUGUGUGUUUGUCACGAAGAGACUGAGGAUUUCUGAGGUCUGUCUCUCUCUCUCUCACACACACACACACACACACACACACUUCACUACCAUUUUACUGGGUAGGACACUUACUUUCUGCUUGUGACACGUUACCCUACACGCUGUAGGUAAAUCAUUUAAAAACAAAAAAAAGUUUUUAUAUAGGAAACUAUAAGACCAUCAUUACGCUGUGCGUAACGAAUGUACAGAGAAAAAAUCGUAGGUAUUUUUUGAGGAACAAUUAAUUUGUUAAUGAUAUGUAGCUAUUUAAUUUUUCCCUUGUCCUUUAUUGUAAUCAUGCUUUUUUUUUUUUUUUUUUUUUGAGAAAAAAAGUUGAUCUUUUUUGUUUGUAGGUUUUGUCUGUUUAAGGUUAAAGUGCAGGAACACAGUUAUUCUAUGAAAACACUGCGUUAGUGUAACAGCCACUUGUGUAUUAUUUCUGAAGGCUACUGAGUCUCGACACACUUCUGAACGGAGGCUUUCGACUGUCUCUGGAGACAAAUGAACAAACAGACUCGAGUUACUGCACUCCAGUACCGUCGCUUGAGUCGAGCAGCGAGAGUUUCUAUUUGAUGUGCGCUUCCAGGAGAACGACGACAAACCAACAGUUUAAAACACUUCUCGCUGCACCUCGAGUGUACUUAAUGAUUUGUAAAUCUGUAUUAUACCCUCGUUUCUUGGCCUUGUUUCUCCUUGGAAUAAAACAAACUUUUGGCAGGCCAUUGUUUUGUACUUUUAAGUAGCCUCAAUGAACAAUAAAGUGCUCUUAAACCCCA